GAUUCCGAAUUCAGAUGGUUGUUUUGGUGUUUUGGCUCUCGGUGUUCGGUGCUUGUUGUUUAUUAAUUAUAUUUUUGCGGUGUGCAGACCAAAACCCUGUUUAAACCAAGGUCGAGGCUAAGUUUUGAAAAUUUAGCCUUUUAAAAUUUGAGUUACAUAAUCAGCUUAAUUAAAACAAGGUCACCAGUCACCAUGCAACGAGGACGGGGCUUUGGCUUUCAAAUUGGACGCAAGCCGACCACCAAUUUGCAGGCAGUUCCUCCACCUCCUUCGCUAGGGGUGAGUAAGCAGGGCUACAGCACCAUGGACGCAAUCAGUCAAAACGCCCUCACCAUUGGCGGCUACGGAGGACAGGCUAGAAAAAGAGCACGGGCAGACGAGGAUGACUACUUUGAUGAUGACGAUGAGAAGGGCCAGGGUCAGCUUGAAUAUAUUCCUGCUCCAGGAAGCCCUUCAUACAAAAAGCAGGAAGAACGCAAAGAGGACUCGGAUUCGGAGGAGGAUCCGUUAGACGCAUUUAUGGCUGGAAUUGAAAAGGAAGUGAAGAAAGAUACAGUAAAGGUUGAGAGCAAGAAAGAACCUGAGAAGAAGGGCGUCCGGACAGACAUUGACAAUGAAGACAAUGAGGAAUCUUACUACAGGUACAUGGAGGAGAAUCCCAAUGCUGGACUCCAGCACGAAGAUUCCGAUGCCGAGGUGGAAUACGAUGAAGAUGGCAAUCCCAUUGCACCUCCGAAAUCUAAAAUAAUUGAUCCGUUGCCCCCAAUGGACCACUCCACAGUUACCUAUGAGAACUUUGAGAAGAAUUUCUACAUAGAGCAUGAGGAUAUUCAUGGCAUGAGUAGAAGCACAGCUAUAGACUUGAGAUCCAAGCUGGGACUUAAGGUCACCGGACCUUCUCCUCCAAAGCCGGUGACAAGCUUUGGUCACUUCAACCUGGACGAAGGCUUAAUGAAAGUCAUUAGGAAAUCGGAGUACACUCAGCCAACCCCUAUACAAAGUCAAGCAGUGCCUACUGCUCUCUCAGGAAGAGAUAUCAUUGGUAUCGCAAAGACUGGUAGUGGUAAAACUGCUGCUUUUGUUAUCCCCAUGAUUGCUCACAUUAUGGACCAAAGGCCAUUGAAGAAAGGCGAAGGACCAAUAGCACUUAUUUUGGCUCCAACAAGAGAAUUGUCACAACAGAUUUACCAAGAGGCGAAAAAAUUCGGAAAAGCGUACAACCUCCAAGUUGUUUGCUGCUACGGAGGAGGAUCAAAAUGGGAGCAGAGCCAAGCUCUGGAGGGGGGCGCUGAAAUAAUUGUUGCUACGCCAGGACGAAUGAUUGACAUGGUCAAAAUGAAAGCAACAAAUCUCCAACGUGUCACAUACUUAGUAUUGGACGAGGCUGACAGAAUGUUUGACAUGGGUUUUGAGCCACAAGUACGAUCCAUUUGCAAUCACGUUAGACCUGACAGACAAACACAGCUCUACAGUGCCACAUUCAAGAAAAGGGUAGAGAAACUGGCAAGAGACAUAUUGACUGACCCUGUGCGCAUCGUGCAAGGUGAUGUUGGAGAGGCAAAUCAAGACGUGACUCAAAUCGUCAAGUUAUUCAAUACUCCACAAGCAAAAUGGACCUGGCUUCUGGGCAACCUUGUAGAAUUCCAAUCAGCAGGCAGCGUUCUAAUUUUUGUGACAAAAAAGGCCAACGCAGAAGAGGUUGCAAAUAAUCUGAGGCUGAAAGAAAAUGAAUGUCUUUUGUUGCACGGAGACAUGGAUCAGGCCGAAAGAAAUAAAGUCAUCACGGCUUUUAAACGGAAAGAGGUCAACAUUCUUGUUGCUACAGAUGUUGCAGCUCGUGGUCUGGACAUUCCUCAUAUUAGGACAGUUGUCAACUAUGACAUCGCACGAGACAUCGAUACUCACACACACAGAAUUGGACGAACAGGUCGAGCUGGUGAAAAAGGCACAGCUUACACCUUUGUCACUGACAAAGAUAAGGAAUUUGUCGGGCAUCUUGUCAGAAACCUGGAAGGCGCCAAUCAGGAGGUUCCUGAUGAUCUGAUGGAACUUGCCAUGCAAAGUUCCUGGUUCAGGAACUCUCGCUUUAAAGGAGGAAAGGGCAAGAAUGCAAAUGUUGGAGGCCGAGGACUUGGUUUUAAGGAGAGAUCAACAGGGGGCGGUGGUGGGGGAGGCGGAGGCGGCUACUCUGCACAGCCAAAAGAAAGUGUGAGUGAAAAAAUCGCAAAAUCUGCAGGGCCUGGGACAGAUAGGCUUUCAUCAAUGCGUAAUGCAUUUAAGCAGCAAUACCAGAGCCAGUUUAAGGCAUCCAAUGAUCAAAGCUGGAAACAACAUCUGCCAACAAACGAACCCUCAUCGUCAUCAGGCAGCAGUUCCAGCUCUGGUGAAAAGAAAAAGAGAAGCCGAUGGGAGUAGGAUGUCUGUUAAGUGGUUGUCCUUAUGUAAAUUGUAAUUAGUAUUGUUAAAAUAAAACAGUAACGUAAAUAAAAGGAACAAAAAUUUAAAUUAUAGCAAAGCA